AUGAAUAGCAAAUUUCUACCUCGCUGGAGUUAUAACAAAUGGACGAAACAAUCGUGCAAACUCUACUACUUGAAAGAGGCCAAGUUUUUACGAACAAAAAGAACGACAAUUUGCCUGAACGGUUCAGGCAAAUUUAGUCGUUCGAACAAGGACAAAUGGGAUAACCUGAACGAAGAAAAUAUAUCUUCUUCUGACAUAAAGGAGAAAUGGAAAAGUCAGACAAUCCAUGAUGAGACUACAAAUGCAUGCCCAAGUGACAAGAAAGGUAACGCUAGCUAUACACAGAUGCAGAAAAAGUACGAAGAGAUGAAAAAAAAAAUAUAUCAAAAAUACAACCAUCAGGGGAUAGAAAGUGAUCCUCAAAACGUAGAGAUGCAUGGAAGGAACUAUGGACAUGUGAACGAGUUAAAUAUCCAUCGAAUGUUAUUACUAGGAUUAGCGAAUGUAAACAUACAUGAACUGAACAAAAUGCAAAUUAACAGUUUUUUAACUAUACAACAAGGAAAAGAUGUUCUAAUAAAUUAUCCUGUCGGGUCAGGUAAAACCAUAGCAUAUUUACUACCCCUUCUGAAUAACAUUUAUUUUGUACAUGAUUAUUUAGAGGAACUGAUUCUUGAGAACUACAACAAGGAUCACAAUAAUAAUAGUCUUAUGACAAAUUCAAUUAAGAAAAACUACAAAUUCAGUAACAAUUUUGAUUUAUAUAACGAAAUGCGUAAAUAUUUUAUCAAGUAUAGUCAUUAUAAGAAUCAUGUUCUAUUGGAAGAUAACACAAUUCAAAUGAAGAAGAAAAUGAAACAAAAAUUUAAUUUGCUUCCUCAACAUUUCACUGAAUUGGGGGAAUACCAAUCAUCUGUUUUAUUACAUUCUCCCAUAGGUAGGAAAUGUCACACAAAAAAAAAAGCAGAAAAAAAAAAAAAAAAAAACUCAUCAAAUGAAAAUCAAAAUGAACAUGAAGAAGUCACACAUAAUGAGAAGCAGAACGCAGCACUCGAAAUACAGACAAAAAGUAAUAAUAUCAGUUUGAUGAAUAAAUUGAUAGAAGUAAUAAAAAUUAACAAUAUCAAUCUGAACAAUUUAAAUAGUGACCAUAUCAAUAAGGAAGAGGUAACUAAAUUGGAAAACUUACUAAAAUACAACUUUAAAGAGGAAAGAAAACAAAGCAAUUGCAUUUUGACAACACAAGACAGGCACGAACCCAUUUACAGAUACUUAACGCGUAACCCGUUACAAAUAAAUAAAUCCAUAAUUAUUCUUACUAUUAAUAAAGAUAACAUAAGCCAAAUUGUCAAAGUGAUUAAAGAACUUGAUAUCCUGAACCGAAUUAAUAUACAAACAUUGAAUGAUGUACCAUAUUAUGACAUUCACCAUUUGGAGAAUGAAAUUUCUGAACAAGAGACAAAAUCGAAUAGAAAAGAAAAAAUCGAUGAAAAAAAGUUCCAUGAUAGGAAAAAUUACAACUUUGAAAAUAUACAUGUAACAAAUAUCAACAGGGUAAACAAUCCAAUAUUAUGCAAAGAUGAAAUUAUGUGGACAUGUGCAGAUAUAGUAAUUACCACGCCAGAUAUUUUUCUUCAAACGUAUCAAAAUGAAAAAAACAAACAUAUUCUCCCAUCCAUAAUAAUAUUUGAUGAAAUAGACAUGCUAUUUCAAAAUAAUGCUUACAGGAAUACAAUGAUGAAUAUUUUCCAUAUUAUUAAAAAGAGACCACAAAUAUACAAUCCACACGUUCAAAUAAGCAAUGAUACUAUAGAAAAUGUGGAUAAAUCAAUUCAAGACGUGCUAACGAACGAAACAAUGGAACAACAUCAAAACGAUCAUUCUAAAGUACCUUUCUUUGGAAAAUGCCUUGUUUUGAAUUCUUUUCAAGGAGAAAUUUAUUCGACGUCAUCAUAUUCUUCAUUGGAAAAGUCUGCAAACCUUGACAUGACUCUAGUCGAAAGUUCUAGUAAGAAUCCACCAAAAAAUACAACUCCUAAAAUGGAAAACAAAAGGAACAUUACGACGAAGGAAAAAAUACAAGAUUUGCCACUACUCCAGAUGAUAUAUGUCAGCUCAACCCUUCCAUCGGUUGGACAUACCACAUCUGGGAGUAUGUUGACAGAGAGAUUUAGCAACUUAGUUGAAAUUGUCAGUAAGGAAAAUUAUCAAAUCCCAGAAAAUGUCCAAACCCAAUGGAUCGAGCUAAACAAGGAUAAAAUUUUAAGCCAUUAUUUGCUUACCAACGGGGGAGAAAGUAACAAAAAUUGGGAUACAAAGGAUGAAAAAUCUAGUGUUCAUUAUGAUGGUAUCAAUUUGAAAGAUGCUUCUAUGUCCAGCAAAAUUAACGAACUUGAAAAUUGCUCUUUUGAACACAGAUUAGACCUACUAAUUCACGUUUUGAAAAAAUAUUAUGAGCGAGAUGGGAACGAGGAAAUUUAUGAACGGUCAGAAUAUUCUGAUCAUGAUCAAAGUCAGGCAAAAAAGGAAAAAAGUGUUACCACUGAAGAAGGGAAAAAAAAAAAAAAAAAAAAAAAAUUUGCAGAAUCCUCAAAAGGGAAAAACUUUCAUCUUAUCGAUAAAAAAUGUAUUUUCAAAACUAUCAUAUUUGUUAAUAGUAUAAAAGAUUGUAUUAGAAUAUAUUUUUUUUUAAAAAAACAUAAUUGGCCUAUUUUUUGUUUUCAUAAAAACAUAUCAAUAAAUUCACGAAUUCAAAAUUUACAUAAUUUUUACCACACACACCUUGCCAUAUUAGUAACUACGGAUUUGUUAAGUAGAGGAAUAGACACCAAAAACGUGGAUCACAUAAUUAAUUUUCAUUUUCCUUCUGAUGCUAUUACUUAUCUUCACAGGUUAGGAAAGAUGAAUAGGUAUGGUAAUCAACACUACAAGGAGAAACCUAACAAGGGAGAAGUGCAAACAGAAUACUCAUAUCAGGAAAGCACAAUUUCAAAACAAAUUACAAAUCAGUGUCCAGAUGUAAACAAAACUUAUCUUGUCACAAACUUCAUAUCAUUUUCAAAUCUCCCAUUGGCAAAUUCGAUAAGAUAUUUUCAUAAACACAACAUGAGUUUGCUUCCUCUUUUUUCCAGAAAAAAAUCAUUCAAAAUGAAAAAUAAAAGAAAAGAAAAUACAAAUGAGACACACAACAGAUACAUCGACGUAGGAUCUCUGGAAGAUGAACAAUUCAAUAUCGAAGGGAGGCAUCACCACAACCUAAGCCCAGAACAGAGAAAGCCACAGCACACUUCUAAUCAGGAAGAGGUACAUCUUACCAACUACCACACGAAUAAACAUUCUUUUCCAUGCGAAAAUGACGAAAAAAAUGUCUAUGUCCAAGCACCUGUUUCGGUUUUUUCCAUAGAUAAUUCAGAUGAUGAGUUGGAAGAUGACCAGUUGGAGGAUGACCAGUUGGAGGAUGACCAGUUGGAAGAUGACCAGUUGGUGGGAAAUCAAGAUGAGUGCACUAACAUUCAUGAGGAAGAUCAAAUGGGUAGUAGCAAUUAUCACGAUUACGUGACCACAAGACAGUUAGAACUCACGAAAAUAACAAUGGGGAGAAAAGGUACAAAUGGAGUAAAAUGUAAUCCACAUGCUGAUGGUAACCACUCGGAUGAGGUUACCAAUGGAGAUACAAUUACAUGUGAAGAAGAAACAUUUCUUCCAAGAAAUGAAAAAUCAAAAUUGUACAAAUAUUCUUGUAUGAACAAUCAGAUUCAUGAGAAAAAAAUUCCAUCUUGGGAUGAUGUAAAAUUCGAUCAUAAAAAAUUUCUUGUUGAGCGAUUCAAGAGUAAGGAGUGUUACUUGGUAGGUCAGGUUAAACGUGGGAAACUCAUUUUGAAUAAUUUUGAAACCAAGGGAACGGAUGAUGAAGAUUUCCUAUUUUGA